AUGGUCAACAAGGGGAAUAAACUUCAGAGCCUGUCAAAAGGGUUUGUUCUGCUCAGCAUAAUGACACUCAAGACCAAUGCCAUCGACACGGUCAACGUGGUGGACUUCUGUGGCCAGAACAUCCAGGGCAACGGGAUGAUUGUCAACUCACACCAGGAGUCCAAGAAGUACUACUUUGUCACCAUGGGAACAGACUGCCACUUCACUAUGCAGGCGGCCUCCCCCAAGGACAAGGUACAGUUCCACUUCCGCUUCUUCCUGGUCUACAGCCUGCUUCGUUUAGCACCCCAAAGUCCCACCCCCCUCUUCCCUGAGUCCCCCGGGGACCUCCGAUUGGAGCCUUCGAAUCCAGUGGUGGAGCCAAGGGACCCGUGUCAUGCGGGGUCAUACAUUCAGUUCUAUGAUGGGCGGGACAAGAACUCGCCUCCAAUUGGGCCACCGCUGUGUGGGAAGAGCCCACCCCGUCCGGUGCUGUCCACAGGGAAUCACCUGACCCUGCGUCUGGUAACCCGCGGUACCCAGCCAAGAGUGGACUUUGUGGGGGACUUUACCUCCUUCAGACUGGGUUUUAACCAAUCCGCGUGCAGCGGCGAACCUUAUUUCCCGUGUCGCAAUGGGAAGUGUAUUCCCAUGAGUCUGGUGUGUGACGACAAGGGCAUUGAUACCUGUGGGGACGGGAGCGACCUGGAGGAUCACCUGCCCUCAGGGUGCAAAGGUCACUUAGGUCAGCUGGCUCCAGCCCAAGCUACUUCCCCAGCAGUGACCCCAACCCCUCCUGUCUUAAACCCGACAGCUUUUCCCAUGUCCACCUAUAGGAACUGUGGCACUCCGGACGGCGUACCCAAUCACGACUCAGUGACAGACUCUCCACCCUAUCUUUCUCUGCUGGCGCUCUUCAUCACCCUGGGUGUGAUAGCUGGUUUGGUCCUGCUGUGUUGCUGCUGCUGGUCUCCAGGCUGGUUCCUCUGCAGGAUCAUUGUCUGCCGCUUCCUACCCUGCUGUAACUCAGCCUGCGCCUCCUGCAAGCUCUGUGCCCAAAGCUGUUCCCAGAACAAGGAGCAUCGACUGGCUAAGGUUUCACCACAAGGACAGGUCACAAUCAACGAUGCCGCCUUGGCCCCACUCACCACAGCUACGGCUAGCGCAACUACUGUCACUGUGUAGGGAGUCGCUAUAUAGCGUAGGACUAUUAUCGCUAUGUAGGGUAACCGCCAUGAUGGCUAACAGUGAGACAGAUGGACUCAUGGACAUGAUGACCCAGAUUUCAUGUUCUAGACUGAUGGACUGAGAUGAGACAUAUCUUUUUGCUAGUUUACAAGAAUAUCAUGGAAGAAGGGGUACUGCAGGGUGUACAUUUGCAUUUUCAGUGGAAAUGAGACAUUGUCAUUAUCUUCUCCCCACAUUUGGACAGUUCUUAAAAUGGGGGAGGCUUUACUUUUGAAUGUUUCACUCACUGUAUGAUCCUUUUUUGUUGUUGCUUUAAAAAAUCAAUGACUGGCGCUAAAUCCGCUACACUCAAAUUGGUAUGAUUUGUUUUUUCCUUAAGUAAUCCUCUGUCUUAUGUAACCAUACGUAACAUAAGGACGAUGGUUUGUCGGGUGGAUGGGUAAGCGAAAAACAUAAAUGUCAGCAACCCAAAGAUUGCGUGCUCGAAUCUCAUCAUGGACAACUUUAGCAUUUUAGCUAAUUAGCCACUUUUCAACUUCUGUCUACUUUUUAGUUACAUUGCAACUACUUAGUAUGUUAGGUAACCCUUCCCCUAACCUUAACCCUUUAAACCAACUCCUAACCAUAACCCCUAACCCUAAUCCCUAGCCUAGCUAACGUUAGCCACCUAGCUAACAUUAGCCAAAACAACUUGUAAUUCUUAACAUAUCAUACGUAUUUAAAAUGUGUAACAUAUUGUAUGAAUUGCAAUUCGUAACAUAUCAAAAAAGUUGUAAUUCGUAAAAUACCAUACAAAUGGUCAUUUCCAACAUAUCACACGAAAUGUGUGAUGGACAACCACAAACGAAUACCAAACGUAACAUAUCACACUAAUUUGAGUGUCCUGGAUUUUAAUUUACAAGUUUUACAGAGUCCAGGUUGCUUCUUCUGACUAUUUUGUAUUUAAAUGUGCUAGUUGACCAACGUAGGAGGUUAUUUUCUGAACGUAGCGUAACCCAGGUUCACCUAUUCAAUUCUAUCAAGGUUGGCAUAAGACUCCUUUACAAAAGCAUGAGAAAUUCCACUCCCCUCAACUUUUCACUCCCCUCAACCUGCUCCCACUGAAAUGUUAUCUUCCCACACGUGUAAGCCGUUACUCAGCAGGGACUCGAUCCAUCUGCUGAAAAAUACAUUGUUUUGCUGCUGGAAACCAUACAUACUGUAUGUCACACAUGUCUGCCAUGUAAACUCAUCCUGCCUAGAUUGAGUAGACACAUAACCUUUCUUGGGUUUCCUGCUGUGCUAGUUGUGUAACUAGAUUACACAGUGCCCCCACCUUUAUCUUUUGAGUGAUUUGGAGAGGUGCUCUCGAGGCUUCUUAAGGAUGAUACAUGCUUGACUAAAUGCUGAGUUUUUCUCUUCUGAGUUGCCAAGUGACAAUUGAAGCUAUGGUCCUGCCAACCUCUCAAACUCUCUCUCGCUCUUAGAGACUUAAGAUACACAAAUAUGCCUGACACUUUAUUCAUGAGGUCAUGAACUAAGCUGGAAGAGAUGACAAUGAACAACAGGUGCAUUAGUAUAAUUUUAUACACUAGGGAGUCUCCCUAACUUUUAGAUAUGAUACCAUAAAACACGUGUUCUCAACACCACAAACAAGAGGACAUAGGGGUUUGAUUGUGUCACACAGCCAAAAUGAUGUGUCCCCAGAACUACUGUGUAAAUACAUUCUUUCCCGUAGCUGUUUCAAACGUUUCAAUGUAUUCAAUGCUAAAGUGAUGUCUACCACUACCUUUUGUAUUAUUGACAACCUCUAUAUUCAAAAGCAAAGUGUGCGUUUAAAGCAAGGUGUGUUUGCUUAUAGUUAGUCAUAUGUUUGUCUGAAAUGUCAUUAUCUAUUUUUCACACUUAAGUUUAUACUUUAUUUCUCAUGAUAUUUCCAAAGACAACUAGGAAAUUGUUCAUGUAAUCACCGCUGCCUGAUAUACACUGAGUGUACGAAACAUCAGGAACAAUUGCUCUUUCCAUGACACAGACUGACAAGGUGAAUCCAGGUGAAGGCUAUGCUCCCUUAUUGAUGUCACUUAUCAAGGCACAAGG